AUCGUGACAGUUGACAGUUGACAGCUGGGCUGCUCUGAUUUUUGGGGACGUAUUUUCUCUUUAUUUCAAGAAUGUUAUCAAAAUAGAUAACCAUUAUGCUUCAUUACAAUAAUAUCGUAUCCGUACGGUAAAGACGUUACAGUCGGGAGCGCGCAAAACAAGUUUUUCAUAGAUAUGUCGUUGCCGUGAUCGGAACCGCGUUGUGACUAUUAUUUUGCUACUUUUUGGCUUUUAUAAUUUGGUUAUGUAAGGAAUAUCCUGUUGUGGAGAGUGUUACUGCACCGUGGGCAAAAUGAGGACCGUAGCGUUGAUCAGCGGCGGCAAAGACAGCUGCUACAACAUGAUGCAGUGCGUCGGGGCCGGGCACACGAUCGUGGCCCUGGCCAACCUCCAACCAAUACUGAAAGAUGAGCUGGACAGCUACAUGUACCAGACAGUGGGCCACCAGGGCAUCGAACUGUACGCUGAAGCCAUGGGCCUGCCGCUGUACCGGGAGGUCAUCACUGGGGCUGCCGUGGACCAAGGGCGCAACUACGAGCCCACUGCCAAUGAUGAGGUUGAAGACUUGUACAGACUUCUGUCCAGGGUCAAGGACGAUAUAGACAUAGAAGCGGUGGCUGUCGGCGCGAUAUUGUCAGAUUACCAAAGAAUUAGAGUGGAAAAUGUGUGUCGUAGAUUAGGUUUAGUGUCGUUGGCGUACUUGUGGCGGAGGAACCAAAAGGAAUUGCUGCAGGAGAUGAUAGCAAGUGGCGUGGAGGCUAUCAUUAUAAAGGUGGCCGCGCUAGGCCUGGACCCGCGGGUGCACCUGGGCAUGUCGAUCCGCGAGCUUCAGCCGCACCUUCUAGUCAUGCAGGAGAAGUACGGCCUCAACGUGUGCGGCGAGGGCGGCGAGUACGAGACCUUCACGCUCGACUGCCCGUUGUUCAGGAAGCGGUUAGUUAUUGAUGAUAAAGAAUUAGUGAUACACACGGACGACCCGGUCGCACCAGUCGGAUACCUAAACCUCAAGCUGCACUUAGAAGCCAAGCGAGGCGCCGAGGACGGCAUCAAACUGCCCCCUACCGUCAAAAGCGCACUAGACUUCGUAAGCGACCUAAGCGACACCGUCUUCAGCGACAUCAGCGACAUAGAACUGAGCGAGACAGAGAUAGAGUCCAUCGAGAAGUUAGAAAAAGAGGAGAAGAAAAAACAGACAGAACUGAACCCUUUGCUCACGUACAAUGAAAAGUCUGACUUAGAUGGAGCGGACAGCCAAAACGAUAGCGCUGAUAGUAUAGAAGAUGGGUAUUGUUACGAGGAGUUCGAUAGUCAGUUCGAGAAACAGCCGAUUGCGGACCAUAGAAGUAUAUACGGGAAUAGACACGGCUGGUAUUUUAUAGGCGGGAUAGUUGGCGAGGGAGUCGAUACGAGGCAGGCGACGGAGGACGCUAUGAAGAAACUCAUUAGCCUGCUUGAGUCGGAAAGCAUGCAGCUGACGGACGUGACGUCAGUCAACAUCUACAUGCGCGACAUGGAAGAAUAUACGGAGCUGAAUGACGUGUACGCGAGCCAUUUUUGUUUCCCCAACCCUCCUACGAGGGUAUGUGUUCAGUGCCCUCUGAUGGACGACGUCGGACUUAUAUUGGACGCUGUGGCGCACAAGCCGGUCCCGGCCAAGGACGAUAGUGAUAGCUCGAUCCCGAAGGAGCGCAUCACUAUGCACGUGCAGGGCAUCUCGCACUGGGCUCCGGCCAACAUCGGGCCUUAUAGUCAAGCUAUUAAGUUAGGCGAGGUGAUCAGCACGUGCGGGCAGAUCGCGCUGGUACCAGGCACAAUGCAACUAGUCGAGGGCGGAGCACGGCGGCAGUGCGCGCUCGCGCUGCGGCACCUCACGCGCGUCAUCCGCGCCGUGCACCCGCGCGCGCACAUCCGCAGCGUCGUGCAGAGCGUGUGCUACGUGAGCGCGGGCUGGGCGCGCGCGGUGGGCGAGGCGCGGCGGCAGCUGGAGCGGCGCACGGCCGGCGCCAUCGUGCAGUGCGCCGUGGUGGCAGCCCUGCCGCGCCGCGCCGCGCUCGAGUGGCACGCCUGGGCGCACACCGACAACAACCGCUUCGACUACGAAGAAACUGGUUGCAGCGUGGGUGAAUACAAAGUGGCCAUUACAAGAAGAUGGAACUAUGAAAACACGGUCGCGGCGAUCGUCUGUUACGUUGCGACUGGUUCAUCCCCAUCCACGUGCCAGCUAUCGUUCCCGAGUUCAGAGGCUUGUGCAUCGCACCGUGCGUUGGCGGCGGCGAUGCCACUAGAAGAGCUGACGCGCGUACUUGAGUAUGCGCUGCGCAAGCUGCUCAGCGACUGCCGGGACGACGAGCCCGCGCCCGCUGUCAAGCUCAGGAUAUUCUACCAGGUGAGUGGCUGGGAAAGGGUCAUCGUAUCUGCCCAUCCUUGUCGCUCGCACCAACAACCAGCAGAGCCUGCUGGAAGCAUUCAAGGUAAUCCCCAUCCACGUGCCAGCUGUCGUUCUCAAGCACAGAGGCUUGUGCGUCGCACUGUUAAGCUGAGGAUAUUCUACCAGCUGCUCAGCGACUGCCGGGACGACGAGCCCGCGCCCGCUGUUAAGCUCAGGAUAUUCUACCAGAAGUGCGGAUUCAAGAACGUUUAUGUACUUUUUAGAGUCCAUGCGUCCUUCACACACAAACAUUUCCCCAACUCCUGCGGCGCUCAUGCACCCCCAGACCAUCACACUGCCGCCGCCAUGUUUAUCGGUAGGUACCUUACACACCGGGGUAAAUUCUUCGUCUACUCGACGACGGACAAAUGUCACACCAGGUGUGCCAACAAUCGUAAAGUAACGAAAUUUUNGCGGCACCUCACGCGCGUCAUCCGCGCCGUGCACCCGCGCGCGCACAUCCGCAGCGUCGUGCAGGUGCGUGACGUCACAGCCCGCUGCAGCGAUGACCCUGGCUCAUCNACACGUGUCUUCAGCUUACACAUAGAAAACAACUCAUAG